AAGACUGACACCCUGGAAGCCAAGGUAUUGAUGUAGUUAUUUUAGCUUAGUAAAUACCUUACCUAAUGGACCAUAAACCUUGAUUUCACUUCAUUGAGGCGUUUAUAAUUCAAAAAUAUUAUGUUUGAUAUGAUUUGAUAUUUGGUCUAAUAAAAAAUAAAAAAUAAAUCCUGAAAGCGUAGGGCCAAUGCUGACCAGGAAGAGGUAUAUUUUCACCGGCCAGGGGGAAGAAAUCGACUGGCUAAUAGAUUUCUUUUGCACGUCCUUUCUCAAAGAUACAAUCAUGCAACAAAGACUAGCUAGACCGGUUAUCCCAAUGGUUUUUUGUCCCUCCUCUUUUUUCUAUUCUUUCUUUCCGUUGUACACCGUUUUGUCAUAUAGACAACGUCUGCAGUCAGGGAUCUGUACACUACCAAGUAGGAGAUUAGAGGGAUAGUGACAGCUAAGGACCAGAGAAUGGCCUGCUUGUGACAGAGAAUGGACUGAUAGUGACCAGAGAAUGGCCUGCUAGGGACAGGGAGUGACCAGCUAGUGACCAGAGAGAAUACUCCAACCAUGUGUUUUUCUUCGUAUAUGAUGAAAAUGCGAAGGCACCGGGUGUUCCUGCUCUGCACGGUGGGCCUGUGCGUCAUCUCCUUCCUGCACUACUACAAGGCGCUGCACUACGUGUCGCUGCUGCGGGAGCUGUCGGCGCCGUACCCCAACAUCAAGUCCUUCAUCAUGGUCACCGGCUUCUUCUGGCGGGAGCAGGGCAUGGCCGCCACCCCGCUCAGCCCCGCCCCGCCCGAGGAAGCCCCGCCUCUCAGGCCCCACCAACGCCCGCCCGAUGCCAAAGACUUCGUCGGGUUCUCCGACGUCUCUGACCCCCUGGAGACCAUGGGAGACCUACACACCCGGACCUACCAGCUCAAGGACGACCGCACCUCCUACUUCGUGCGGACCAAGGCCGGAGCCCUCUGCUUCCGCCAGGGCACGGAGGUCACCCUGAAGGAGGAGCCUGGGAACGGGAGGGCCCCCGGAGGAGGGCCCCCGGGCCCCGGCCAGAGGCGGCCCCUGGAGGCCCCGCAGCAGCAGCAGCAGCAGCAGCCGGCAGGGUCGGCCUCCACGGCGGGCCCUCUGCGGGUCAAGCCCCGGGCUCGCGGCGGGAAGCGGCUGGUGAAGUGUGUGUGCCGGCCGGGCUGGCACGGGCCCUACUGCGGGGUGCCCACCAUGGUGUACCACUCCAACAUGCCCACCAAGGAGCGGCUGACGCCCAGGGAGACCCCGCGCCGGGUCAUCAACGCCAUCAACGUCAACCACGAGUUCGACCUGCUGCACGCGCGCUUCCACGAGCUGCGGCAGGCCGUCGACCUCUUCCUGAUCUGCGAGUCCAACUUCACCGCCUACGGCGAGAGACGCCCCCUCAGCUUUCUGCAGCGGCUGCUCAACGGGACGUACGACUAUGUGCGGCACAAGAUCGUGUACGUGUUCCUGGACCACUUCCCCGAGGGCGGGCGGCAGGACGGCUGGAUCGCCGACGACUACCUGCGCACGUACCUUACGCGCGACGGCAUGGCGCGAGUGGGCGGGGUCCGGCCCGACGACGUGUUUGUCAUCAACGACGCCGACGAGAUCCCCGCGCACGAGGGGCUGCUCUUCCUCAAGCUCUUCGACGGCUGGACCGAGCCCUUUGCCAUACACAUGCGCAAGUCCCUGUACGGGUUCUUCUGGAAGCAGCUGGGCUCCCUGGAGGUGGUGUCGGGCUGCACGGUGGGCAUGCUGCGCCAGGUGUACGACGGCGACGGCAUCCGCCUGCGCCGCCGCGAGUACUACACCAUGCCGGGCUUCCGGCGCUACGAGAACGACACGGGCCACAUCCUGGUGCAGUGGUCGGUUGGCAGCCCCUUCCACUUCGCCGGCUGGCACUGCUCCUGGUGCUUCUCGCCGCACGGCAUCCACCUCAAGCUGGUGUCGGCGCAGAACGGGGACUUCCCGCGCUGGGGGGACUACGAGGACAAGCGGGACCUGGGCUACAUCAAGGACCUGAUCCGCACGGGGGGCUGGUUCGACGGCUCAUUGCAGGAGUACCCCCCCACGGACCCCAAAGAGCACAUGUACGCGCCUAAGUACAUGCUGGAGCACUACGAGCACUUCGGAUACCUCCUUGACAACCCCUAUGCCCGGUCGGACGCCGCCGCCCCCGCCGGAUAGGGGGCAGGGCUCGGC